UGCUGGUGAGUCGGGUGUGGCGGUUACAACAGAGCGUUCAGUUCCAUUUGAACUGCGCACGAGGACUAAACUAAACCAACGGUCACCCACUAACUAACGGCGCCCCGAUUAUCGCUGUGAGGAGAAACCGAUCAACCGUGUGAGCGAUUUGGACUUUUUGGUUCGAUCUUUACGCUGAAUUCCUGUGCGGUUCCUUUCUGUGUGUUUGUGUGUGAAGUUCUGCCUCGAUCCGAGAGUGAAAAUUCUGACCGAAGUACCGAAGUUCUUUUUCUUUCGGUGGGAGUUUGUGAUGAGGUCCGCGUCAUGUCCCUCCUCUCAGCUCGGUCACUUUCUUUAACUCGGAAAACUUAAAAUAAUCGAGACAUUUUGACGACUGAUUGACGCGGUUUCUUGUCGCGUAACUUUGACUCCACACCGACUCCGAGUUCGGACCGAAUUCAGCCCGAGUUCGACCGUUUGGGCAUCUGUCAUUCAGAGCUAACCCUGAGCUAGCUGACUUGUUCAGCCCUGUAGAGGGAAGUAAACCCGUCCGGACGAGACUGUGUAUCUCUGAGGGCUUUGAGGAGCCACACACAGUGAGUAAAGGUGCUCGUGUCUACUGCAAAAAUCGGGAAGAAAAGGUUUAUUCCGAUGGGGUGCACGGUGAGUCAGGAGGAUAAAGCUGCGGUCGAGUGUUCCAAGGCGAUAGACCGACUGCUCCGGGAGGAUGGAGAGAAAGCGGCCAAGGAGGUGAAACUGCUGCUGCUCGGUGCUGGAGAGUCGGGGAAGAGCACCAUCGUAAAGCAGAUGAAGAUCAUCCACGAGGACGGUUAUUCAGAAGAGGAGUGCAGGCAGUACAGAGCCGUGGUCUACAGUAACGUCAUCCAGUCCAUCAUGGCCAUCAUCAAAGCCAUGAGCAACCUCAAGAUCAACUAUGAAGAAUCUUCCAGAGCCGACGACGCGAGGCAGCUGUUCGCUAUGGCUGCAGAAGCAGAGGAGAAGGGGAUAUUUCCUGAAGAGCUCUCCGGAGCCGUCGCCCGCCUGUGGGCCGAUGGAGGAGUGCAGAACUGUUGUACUCGCUCGAGAGAGUACCAGCUCAACGAUUCUGCCACAUACUACCUGAAUGAUCUGCAGAGGAUAGCCAAAGCCGACUACAUCCCAACCCAGUCUGACGUGUUGAGGACUAGAGUGAAGACCACCGGCAUCGUAGAGACACAUUUCACCUUCAGAGAUCUCCACUUCAAGAUGUUCGAUGUGGGAGGCCAGCGCUCGGAGAGGAAGAAAUGGAUCCACUGCUUCGAGGGCGUCACCGCCAUCAUCUUCUGCGUGGCCAUGAGCGCCUACGACCUGGUGUUAGCCGAGGACGCGGAGAUAGUAAGACCCGGCUUCACGGUCGCAUCGUGUCCUCUCCUGCGCGCUGUGCUGCUUUUCUCUGAUCUGUUCCUCUGUGCUCUCACAGAACCGCAUGCACGAGAGCAUGAAGCUCUUCGACAGCAUCUGCAACAACAAGUGGUUCACCGAGACCUCCAUCAUCCUCUUCCUCAACAAGAAGGAUCUGUUCGAGAGGAAGAUCGAGCACAGCCCGCUGAGCAUCUGCUUCCCCGACUACACAGGUGCCGGUACGUAUUCCGAAGCGUCCGAGUUCAUCCGCUUCAAGUUCGAGGAGCUCAACAGGAAGAAGGACACCAAGGAGAUCUACUCCCACUUCACCUGCGCCACGGACACGGAGAACAUCCAGUUCGUGUUCGACGCCGUCACCGACGUCAUCAUCAAGAACAACCUCCGAGACUGCGGCCUGUUCUGAAGCGCCGACGCAGGGUCCAGUACUUGAACAGAAGGUGAUGACUGAGCGGGUGAGGAGGAUGAAGCCGUUCUUACUGACCACGCUGGCCGACUGAAACCGUUUCCUGCUUCAGCCUGUGACUGGGAAGCUCCAGUGAGCCGCAUGUACAGCUUCAACGAUCACCUAUUGGCCUCCGUCCUCCACCCGUCAGGGUUCUUUUCCCUUAACCCUAAUCCCCCACCUCCUUACCCUACCCUACCCUACCCUACCCUACCCUUACAGCCCUCCAGCUCAUCCUAGCUCUGUUCAUGUUUGAUUUUGGGCAGCAGAUUAUUUUCAUAGUUAUUAACCUUUUCGGGCUUCAACCACAAAUCAACAAUUGUUGUGUUUUUCAUUAUUGUUUUUUUGUUGUUGUUGUUGUUGUUUAUUUUUGAGAAAUAGUCGACAUUUAUAUGAAUACUUUCGUCUUAAUCUAGAAAAUCUGACGCUCAAAUUUUAUUAAGCUUUUAAUUUCUGAGUUUUUCUAGAGCCAGCAGAUAGAGAAGUGAUAUUUUAAUGUUUACAUGUCUAGCCAAAUGAAGCAGCAGUUGUAUUAGCACAGUAAUCUCUUCAGUACUAUAACAUUCCUUUCAUAAAAUCACAUCAAAAACUAAAAAAAAAAGUGCAAAAAUCACAAAAAGAUAAUCGAGAGGCGAGUGCGGGCGGAUUUGUAACGUACUUAAGGAAAGUUUUCUACUCGCCACUGUUCCACCUUGUGCCUUUAUUUCCAUCAGACUCUUGCGAUGUGAUUAAUCGAACCCCUGCCUCCCUCUGUCCACACCGCUUCACCAUGUACAGUCACACACACACACACACACACACACACACACACACAGCCCUUCACUAAUCCAAUUGAAAAGGGUCUUUUGGAAGUUUAAAUGCUUUUAAAGUUCUAUAUAAUGAUUUAAUUUAAAUAAAAGUGAAGUCACUAGAGGA